CACACAGAGAGAGAGAGAGAGAGAGAGAGAGAGAGAGAGAGAGAGAGAGAGAGAGAGAGAGAACCAGACAAAUUCAGAGACACCACGAGUGAGCAAGAGAGAAACCACACAUACUUUUACAGUGAGGAAAUUAAGCUCCAGAAUGUGAACAGUGAAAAUGCCCCAGUGAAAAUGCCCCAGUGAAAAUGCCCCAGUGUGAGAUCUGAACUAUGAUCCUGGCUUCAGACCACAACUAGAUAACAUCAGAGCAUUAAGAGCAAAAUGUGGGCUGACAAACUCCGCCUCCUGCUCCUGAUCCACUUUCUGCUGUUUGAUGUGGCUCAUUUCCAAGCUCCACCUCCUCUUCGCUUCAAGAACAUCAUUCAUCAGUCCUCAUCUUCGAUCCCACCAGAGACAUCGAGGUCCAUUCGAGAUGAAGAACCUCACAGUGACCUCAGCCGGCUCGUGGUCUCUGGGCUCGCCGACUCUUUACGCGGUCUUGUUGAUCUCCACAUGAAUUUGAGCUGCGCAGAGCUGGAGGCGGGGCCUUGGAAAGGGGCAGGGUUUUCUAGUGAACUUCUGAGCUUAGUCAUGGUGCCUGUACUGGUGUCUGCAGGAUGUGAACCAGAAGCAGAGGAACUGGUGAGGAACUUGUUCACAGUGCUGGGACGGGAGGACACACAGGAGCUUUUGGAGGACGUUGUUGCUCUGAUGAGAAAGUCGUCGCUGCAUCGUCUAAAUUCCGAAACCAUUCCGUCCAAAGCGAGCGGUCAGUCGGUGCGUCACCUGCAAGCCACGAUGUUUAACAUCCAACAGCUGGCAGAGAAUGUUUCUGGCUUGGAGAAGCGAUGUCAGGGCUGGCUGAGGAUGAAAGGCACAGUGUUAUUAGGUCAGAAGGUUGACCACGGAAAGAAGCGUCUGAACGAAGCAAAGCGUGUUUGCCGAAAUCUGGGAUUUAUUUGCGCAGGUGUGACUCAGGAAGAUCCCACUGACCCUGAGUCGUACCACAUCGUCCUCAGACCCGGCAGCUGGCUCAUGCCAUCGUCUUCUCCCAACCAAUCAGAGAGCUGGAUUCAGAGCUGCAGGGUGAGGCCUGUACGCCGGCGCAGGCAUGCUGAGCUUCAGCCACACUGCACAAAUAAACAAGAGGAGCGUGUGUAUAGGGUGGUGGAGUGGAUUCCUGCAGUCUCCACACUCUAUAACCUGGGUACGGCUGUUUAUUACACCUCAAUGAGCUGCCCAGAUACAGCCAAAGAAAGAGCCCUGAUGAGCGCCGUGGAUCUGGGAACCGACGCUCUCAUGGCAGCCACAGGCGGCACCGCGGGCAUAGCCGGAUAUGCCCUGGGGGCGGGGAUAAAGUCGAGCGUAAAAGCUGGAGUUAAAUAUCUGCUGAACAGAAUGAACCAGGAGGAAGAUCUGCUUAUGAACCAGAACAGCUGGGAGGAAGAAACCAUCAGCUUCCAAUAAGAAAACUUGAUUAUUUUACAUUAAUACUGCUUUUCGAAGCCCUCAGGAUGAAAACACAAGAAUUAUUCACAGCCGUUUUGUGACUUUACAAAAAAAGUCCUAAUGUUCCACUGUAGUGUGUUGUUGGGUUUAACAUCUUCUUCAUCUCAUCAUCAAGCUGAUCUACUUCCCUGUUGAUAUAUUUCCAGUUUUGGAUCUUCUUCUGCAUACUGACAUAAAAUCCCAGUGGACACGUGACUCAUCACCGGGUCAUCGGACUCAUUUAAGACGUCUGUCGAGCUUUUAAUGAAAGAGAAACACUAUGAGACUAAUUAUAUGUCAUGUAUAUAAUACUACAUAUAGAACUUUGUACAUUAAUCUGUUACUUUCAGGUGUUUGUGGUAAUAGAAAUAAAGAAACGAACAUU